AUGACUAUUUCCAGUGUAGAUUAUUGGAAAGGAAUGUACUUGGAAUAUUCAGGAGAUGCUAAGGAGUUGAGUUUGACUGGAACAGAGAGGCUAAGGGAGGUUAUUGGGAUAGAUAAAAGUGGGGACCAAGUUAGGAAAUGGAGAAGACUAUUUAACUUUGCAACUGCUGCUAUGAAAAAAAUAACUGAAUCAGCUACUGAAACAGUACAAAGGAUAAAGAAAUCAGCAGAAGAAGGGAAAAUAGGUGACAUCAUUGAUAAGACAAUUUUAGGAGAUUACCAGAAGGAGCAGACAAAGUUUGUUCAGGAGCAACAUAUAAAAACAUCAGAAAGCAGGGUUGCCCCAUGGCUUAACAGUAACAAUGAAGAAACAAUUCAAGAGCAAAUUCUGGCCUUAUCAAAUAUAAAGCAGAGGAGUUUCCUACAGUUCUUCCCAGCUGGUGUGCAGUUCAGUUCUGAGCUUGUUCAGCUGCACCCAGUCGCCCUGGUCAUGCUCUAAGAAGAUGAGCUGCUGAGCAGAAUGAGAUUUGCCCUGGUUUCUAAACUUGUGAAGGAAGAAGUCUUUUGGAGAGAUUACUUUUACCAUAUAUCCCUGAUCAAGCAGUUGGCCCAGCUGACUGUCCUGGCUGCUCAGCCACUCACCAUGAGAAAGGAAGAGAAGACCAAUGGCAGAGAAGUUGAUUUGCCACUGACAAGUUUGUCAUUGCUGGUGGGUAGAAACCCAAGUGAUUUUUGUGUGUUUACCUUGUAUCCUGAUAAGGAGGAGGUUUCUACUAGCCCAGGUGUUUGUGAAUUUGUCAGUGAUACCUUUGAAGCCUGUAACUUAAAUCAAGAAGAUCUGAAGAAAGAAAUAGAUCAACUAGUGCUUGGUGAAAAUGAAGACGAGAUAACCAUGAGAAAAGCUCAGGAGGUAGCAUAUGAUCAGGAACCAAUGGUACUGAAGGAAGAAGUCCAAGUUGCACUGAAGGUAUUGAUGAAAAACAAGGCUUCAGGAAUUGAGAAAAUCACCAAUUGA